UGUGCCCUGGCCCCAAGCCCUCGGGCCAGUUCCAGAGGCCUAGUCCCAGAGUGGGGAGACUAUCCCGCCGGGGCUCUCCCAACGCAAGCUGCCUGGGCAAGAUGUACUGGCUGCUCCUUUGGGAAGUCUUCCAGGCUGGCCCCACAUGGGGCUCGGUGCUCUUGGCCCAACAACUCCCGAAGCAGCUGACGUCCCCAGGAUAUCCAGAGCCAUACCUCAAAGGCCAGGAGAGCCGCACACACAUCUGGGCUCCAGAGGGCUUUGCCGUGAGGCUGGUCUUCCAGGACUUCGACCUAGAGCCAUCUGUGGACUGUGAAGGGGACUCUGUCACAAUUUCAACCGGUGGGAUGGAUCAGACCCAGCUGUGUGGGCAUCAGGGCUCCCCACUGGGCAGCCCUGGCCACAGAGAGUUUGUGUCUCCAGGGAGGAGUUUGCAGCUGAUCUUCCAGACACAUUCUUCCUCCAAGAGCAAAGCCACCCAUCUCCACAGAGGAUUCCUGGCCGUCUACCAGGCCGUGGCUGCAGGCAAUAGUCAGACUGUCGUCCAGGCCAGAGGGACCUCCGAGGCUGUCAUGACGCCUUUAGCGGAUUCCCACAAUAUCCAGAACCACUGCCAGGACCCCUAUUAUGAGGUGGAAUCCGCUGGGACACUCAGCUGCCCAGCCCAAGGGACUAGGAAGGACAAACAGAACGGGGAGGAGGUUCCUCGGUGUGUGCCUGUGUGCGGCUGGCCGGUGACCCUGGUGGCGCAGAGCUCUUCGCGGGCGCAGCCGGGCGACUUCCCGUGGCAAGCCUUGAUCUACAUCCACGGCCGCGGGGGCGGAGCCCUGCUGGGCGACCGGUGGGUGCUCACCGCGGCGCACACCGUCUACCCCAAGGGCGGCGCGCCGGCCCGCGGCAACCGGAGCGCGGGCGUGUUCCUGGGCGGCACCGAGGUGGCCGAGCUGCUGCGGCUGGGGCGCCGCGCGGUGCGCCGCGUGGUCGUGCACCCCGCGUACCGCGCGCGCGCGCCCGGGCACUUCGGCGCCGACCUGGCGCUGCUGGAGCUGGCGCGCCCCGCGGCCCUGGGCCCGCGCCUGCGGCCCGUGUGCCUGCCGCGCCGCCGCCGCCUCUACCGCGCGGGCCGCGAGGGCGUCGUGAGCGGCUUCGGCGUGGACCGCGGCCGGCUGCCCGCCGCGCUGAAGUUCUCGCGCCUGCGGGUGGCGCCCGCCGGCGACUGCCGGGCCUGGCUGCGCGACCGCGGCCGCCGCGAGGUCUUCUCCGAGGACAUGUUCUGCGCCCGCGAGCGCGCGCGGCCCGGCGGCGGCGUCUGCCAGGGCGACAGCGGCAGCGUGUUCGCGGUGUGGGACGAGCUCGCCCUCCAGUGGGUGGCCGCGGGCGUCGUGUCGUGGGGCGCGGGCUGCGGCGAGGGCUAUGGCUUCUACACCAAAGUGCUCAACCACGUGGACUGGAUCGAGGCGGUGAUGGGCGGCGGGGACUGA